UUCAUUUCAGCUGUGGGAAUCGUCAGUUCGGGGGAAAAGGGGGCACUUAACAAAUACAGGGGACCAGACCCACGUACACACGUGACUGGAUGUGACUUUUAAUCGUUUUAAACAGCCUAUCACUUCAUCCAUUUCAUGUGUGAUUUCAGCCCAUAGUUUUGCUUAUGUUUGUUGGAAUCGACUAAACUGUCUGGAUCGCUUGUGGACCCUGGCUACAGGAGUGUACAGCCCACUACCAUCAUGGCCUCUGCCACCUCCACCCCUGCCGGCCUAGGCGGCCGCAGCGGCCGCUCCGCCAGCCGCCGCAGCACAGCCGCCGGCCUGCCCCCAUCCAGCACCAGCCCGACCUGCCAGUCCCGCAUCCAGGAAAAAGAUGAACUCCGACACCUCAACGACCGUCUGGCCAAUUACAUUCAGCGUGUCCAAGAGUUGGAAAGUGAAAGGUCCUUCAUGCUAAUUCAGCUGGAGGACAAGGAUGAAUCGAAAAGCCGAGAGAUGGGCAACGUGCGGCGGCUGUACGAGGAGGAGUUAGCCGAUGUUAGAAAGUCCCUGGACGACCUGGCCGGAGAGAGGGCCCGUCUGCAGAUCGACUAUGGGAAUCUCUGCGACGAGUACAGGAAACUUCAAGCCAGGAACCAGAAGAAGGAGAGUGAUCUGGUGAAUGCACUGGCCCAGUGGAGGAAAGUUGAGGCAACUCUGAGCUCCAAGGAUUCUGAGUACACUAAGCUACUGUCUGAGAACAAGAGCCUCAAAGAUGACUUCACUGACCUCCAGCGUCAGCUGGAAAAAGUAGAAGGUGUACUGACUGACACAAAAAACCAGCUGACCUCUGAGAUCCUGAGGAGGGUGGAAAUGGAGAACCAGGUGCAAACCCUCAAAGAACAGCUGGAACUCCAGAGGAACAUCAGUGAGCAGGAGAUCUUUGAGAUGCGAAGCCGACAUGAGAGCCGACUAGUGGAGGUGGACUCGGGACGACGGAGAGAGUUUGAGAGUAAACUGGCCGAGGCAAUGCAGCAGCUCCGCCAGGAUCAUGAGUCUCAGCUGCAGCAGUACAAAGAGGAGAUGGACAAGACCUUCAGUUCAAAGCUACAGAAUGCCCAGCUGGCCGCAUUGGAAAAAAAAGAUGUUGCCUCAGCCACCAAAGACGAACUGGAAUCCACCAAGGUUAGAGUGGAGUCCCUCAGCUCCCAGCUCCAGCAGUACCAGAGAGAUAAAAUGGUGCUGGAGGGCCGCUUUCAGGAGCUGGAGCGGACUCUUGACAGGGAGCGGGAGGUCUGGCAGCAGAAACUCUAUCAGAAGGAGCAGGAGCUGCAGAACAUGAGAAGCAAGAUGUACAGCCAGCUAGAAGACUAUGAGAGCCUGCUGGAUGUCAAAUUGGCUCUGGAUAUGGAGAUCAAUGCCUACAGGAAGAUGCUGGAGGUGGAGGAACAGAGAUUGCACCUAUCACCGACCCCCUCCCAGUGCACAGCCAUACCUCGAACACACGAACACAGUAGCCGCAGGCUUAAAGGGAAGAAGCGGAAACACGAAGGAACCUCUGGCAGUUCGCCUGCCUAUAAAAUGUCCAGUCGAUCAGCAGAGCGUGGUUCUGUGUGUGUGGCAGAAGUCGACGUGGACGGAAAAUAUGUUAGACUGAAGAACAACUCUGAAACGGAGCAGCCGCUGGGUGGCUGGGUGGUUCGGAGGAUGUACCCAGACUCUGGAGACAUCUCCUUCCACAUCCCCUCCUCCUGUGUCCUGGCUGGUGGGCAAACCCUCACAAUUUGGUCAGCAGGUGCAGAGGCAGAGGCUGAUUCUGGGGACCUUAUUCUUCAGGGAAACAGGAACUGGGGCCCCAUUACUGAUGUAAGGGUAAUCCUUCUCAACCCCGACCAUGAGGAAAUGGCCGAGCGCAGAGUGUGUAUGCAGGGCAGAGGUGACGAGGAAACUGAACUGGAGUUUGAUGAAGACUAUGUCGCGGGCAGUGACCUCCAGCACUUUCGGAGACAGGAUCUGUCUAAGGAAGGAAGCUGUACGGUCAUGUAAUUGCUUGUCUAUCUCCUGCAGUCCUUCAUGUCCAGCUGGAAAACCUGGCUUUGGCCCGGGAGUACAAAAAUGUCUGUUACUGUCUGGUUUUCAGUGCUGUCUCAUUCAACAAAUUCCUACAGUAGGACAUUGAAAUGUUAUUCUGUAAAAGCUCAAAUGCCUUAGAUAAAAGCGUCAACCUCAGUAUUCUUCAAUUGUUUCAUCAUUCUAAUUGCACAAGACAAAAUAUGAGCUUUGCCUUGAUUUAAUCUAAUUUAAACAUGUGUGUGUGUGUGUGAAAUAAAACUAGCAUAAUAAAGUUAUUAAUACAGUUUAAUCAGA